UUUACCUGCCUACCGGAAAUCGGUUUAGCCAAUGGAAAUAACAAUUUAACUAUUUGGACAGAUUUGUAUUUUGUACAGGUGAGCUGAUGUCAACAAGGUAAUAAAAUCAAAAUGACGAGCGUCACUGCAUGGAACAGCAUCGAAGGGCUCCCUAAGCAGUUUAUUUCUUCCCUGAAAGUGCUGUUCGAUAUUCUUGAUGAAAGAAACUGUGGCUACGUAAAGUUUUCUGACAUUGAAGCACGAUGGCACGAAGAAGGGGUAAGGGGACUUCCAAGCGGAGUAACUGAAGCUCUGAGAAAAGUUACUCCAGCUAAUGGAUACCUCAGUUUUGAUAGAUUUGUAGCAGGUUUAAAAUUGGCAUUAUUGACCAGCCAGAAGAAAUCCAAGGAUCUCAGAGAUGACAAAGAAAAUAAUCAACCUGUCAAAGACUUGAAACGUGUCAGCAAACCAGUUGCUGCUCCAAGGGAUGCAAUACUGACAAGGUCAUCAUCCAAUCAUGCUUUAAAUAGAGGGCCAUCUGCCAGUUCUGGUGCAAUGAACACGGCAGCAGUGCGACCAAACAAUGCCAUCUCCAGUCAUAGUAAAGAGAGAAACAGUCUGGAACAAAUGGCAUACAAGAGGACAGAGUAUGACAAAACAAGGGAAAGUAAAUCAAAUCAGACACCAAGUCAUUUACCUCCAAAGAAGCCAAUUCCUCCUCCAAGACCACAAAGAACCAACCAUUCCUCUGUAAAUAGUGAUGGACAAAUUCCUCCAAAGGUUCCUCCAAGAGACAGAAGCAAGAAUAUCAUCACAGAACUAAAGAACUGGCAGAGGAGAAUGAACCAUCAAGCCAGCGAACAGAACCAGACUACAAAAAGCCUGCAGUCCACAAAGAGUGAUUCCAAUUUGUUAGACCGAGGGGAAAGGGCGAGGCAGAACAAUACCUAUGAGAACAUUGAGCAGGUGCGAUUAUUACGGCAGGAAGCGGUUCCCUCCACCUCUACCCCCACCUCACCCCCACAACAGAGGCAGGUCACUGUCAAGAGGAGGGACUCUGCCCGUAGACACACCCUGGCCAAUGGAGUGGACUAUAAUAUGAUUAAAAGAAUGAAACAACUGGAGCAAGAGAAAGACAGUCUACUGAAAGGGCUGGACAUGGUGGAGCAAGCGAGAGGAUGGUACCACCGGCAGGUGGUGGCUGUGGAGGAGAAACAGAAAUAUAUAGGCCACACCUCAUAUCAUGACUACAACCUAGAAGCUAACCAGGAGAGGAUGAACUUCCAGUCAGCUAGGAUUAUGGAAGUCAAUCAACAACUCAAGACUCUCAUAGACAGUUCUGAGAGGGGCUUUCCCCUCCACAUGAAUUUGGCUGUUGGGCCUUCCACUGCUCUAAGAGAAGAUGUGACAUCUAUGAAAAGUCUUCAGAAUGACCAGAAGCAACUCAGAAAGGAACUUCGUGAGAAGACAGAUAAGAUUUCACAGCUGGAGAAGGAGAAAGCCUCCCUGAUUAGGGACCUAUUUGAGGCCCGUGCAAAGGGAAAGAACUACGAUGAUACAACCUUCAUGUAACCUUGAUCUGUGUUCACAAGUGCCAAAUAGAGAGAACUUUAACAAAAAGUGGGUCUGUGCUUUGUUUUUUUUUAAACACAGUCCUUUGUAUCAUUUAAAACUGAGUUAAAAAAAUUUGGUGUAUAAAAACACCUCAAUUUUUUUGUAAGCAAUCUAAAGGCCUGAAGUGGUUUAAAACCACAGUCAUAAAGUCAUACAUGCAUUGAUAAACGUUAAUUUUGUCUUAUUUUGGGAAAACCAAAGAAACCACAUAAAAAUAGUUAGAUAAACUACUUUUUUGUUCAUCGAUAGCCUGGACAUUUUAUUAGACAAGAAACAACCUUUGUAAUUAUAGUAUAUCUGGAAUCUAAUUUAUUGUCAGUAAUGGUUGUACAGAAUAUCAACUCCCUUUUAAAAUAACUUUGUAACAAAAGAUAUAUGUAGUAUGUAGUGUUGAUAUGUCCAUCAAGCCUAAAGACAUGUGUCACAGUUAAAAUUGUAUGAAAAUUUUAAAGUUAUAAUUAAGUAGCAUAUAAGAGUCUAAAGUCAAUUACAAGUGUGUAUAUUGUACAAGUUGGCAUGGUGCAAUGUGAAUUAAUUUAUCCAUUUAACUGGAAUAAUCUAAGUCUCUUAAUUUGUAUCUUCAACAUUGAAGAAUACCUUCAUUCAUUUGAAAUCAUAAGAAAUAACAUGUCAUUUUAAUGUGUGUGAAAUAUAACUGUUCAGAGCUCAGUAUUAUAUACAUUCCAUGACAGAAAUCUGAUAUUACAACUUAUAUAGAGAUAUUAAGAUAAAACAAAUUGUGUACCCAAGUGUGUUCAUCCACAGGUAUGUUUUGUGUUACAUAUCUAAUUAAUAAUACAACCUAUAUAUAGUUAACAUUCCUUUUAUGUUUUAUCUAAGUUUGAAAAUCAAAACAAUGUCUCAGCCAUAUGACAAUUUUACAGAUUGAUUUAGAAAUGUGGCUCAGGUUCUUUUUAUGUGAAGUAGUUACAUGUUAUCUGAGGAAGAAAUCAUCAUACUUAGUCGAAAGUACAACCAAAGUUUUUUCAUAGAGAAAAAUGAUCAUCAAGAUGGAAAAAUCCUAUUGAACAGUUCUACGUUUUUUGAAGACCGAUGAAUAUUGUCCAUUUUUAGAUGAUUGUAUAAACCAAAUCGCUAUGAAAAUGGAGCAUUCAUGUAAAGUGCAGCCAUUUUUUUUACUAGACUUUAACUUUUUUUGUUGUUUUUUUAACCAAGAAUGAUGUACUGUUUACUUGUUUUUAUACAAAAUGUUAAUAUAUAGUAUUUGUAAUGAUCUCACUUUAUUUGUAUAUGAUGUACAUUCCAGAGUAUAAAACAAGAUUUUGUAUAAGAGUGAGUUUUUUCAUAUUGGUAAAAAACAAAAAGUGUUUGUGGUGGGAUGGAAAUGGAGCCACAUACUUUGAGUUAGUGGAUUUUCUGAUCUUUGAGAAUAAUCACCAGUAUUAAAGAUAAAAAGAGCCAACUUGUAAUCCAAUACAAAAACAAAGUAAACAAGAUGUGUUUGUGAAACUCUGAUGCCCCUGUAUGGCA